AUGUCCAGGCGCACACGCACCAUUUACGACCAGCGAUACGAUAGUGCAACUGUCCUCCCGCUUCCCCCAGAAGAGGGUGCGCUCUAUCCAUCGGCCAUUCAUGAUUCCCAUCUCUAUGGAGAAGUUAUCAGUCCUACCGCCAGACAUUCAGCGUCGGAGUCAUCCUACGUCACUGAGGUCGAUGAGUGCACGCCUUCAUACUUGCACUGCAUGCCGAUGUCCACCCACGAAUAUCCCAGCCAGCACUACCACACCGAUGUAGUAGCCCCGACCCUACGCCCAUCUUUGCCCCCUCCAGUAAACUCAUCUUCGACUUCUUCUCCAAGCUCUGUUGCCCCAACCAUAUCUAUAUCCACGGUCAUCGAUGGGAAUACUUUGGGUUGUAGUCAAUGCGGCGUUGAGUUCACAGGGCGGUACAGGCGUGGAAACCUUGCACGCCAUGCGAGACACAAACACUCCAAA